AUGGCAGUUAAUCAUUUAAACGAAAUUAUUUCAUUAUUUCUUCAGUGGAAUGUAAAAGAACUUAGUGAUAAUGAUUUGAGUACUGGUAUUAGUAAUAAUGGGAAAACUUGUUCAGCUGAAGAAGUACGUCACACUGCACGAUUAUUAGGUUCAUCUCUUUUUCAGUUUCGAUAUAAUGAAGACAACGUAUUUCUUAUUCGAAUCGCACCCACAAUAAAUAUAUGUAAAGAUUUUCUUGCUGGUAAAUGUACUUUUAAAGCAGAAGGAUGCAAUCAACUUCAUUUAUGUCGCCGUUUCGGUUCAUGUAACACAAAAAAUUGUCAUUUUCCUCAUGAUUUUACACAUGGAAAUAAUCGACGCAUUGUUGAACAAUCAAAUUGUCAAAAUGUAAAUCCAAUACUACUUGUUCGUCUUAUUCGACUUAAUAAACAAUUGUCUCGUCGUUUGUCUAAUACUUCGGUUAUUCCUCGCGUUAUUUCAAAAACACCGAAUACGACAUCAUCGUCAGUAGAACCCAAACAAGUUCAACAAGUUUUUAAGAGAAACAAACAUUUUCGUUCAAGACGAAAAUCUCGAGGUGAUAAGUCUAAUACAGUUACUGAUGGAGAUAAUACUACUGAGUCGACAGUUGUGUCGUCAGUAUUAGACACAAAUUGUCAAAUAAAUAUCAGUUUUCCAUCAAAAUCUAUUACUUCUCAUAUCACAAUUGACGAAAUCGUAGACUUCUUAAGACUACAAGGUGUAGCUAUCCAAAAAGUGUUUAAUGCGAAAAAAAAUGAACGUUUUCAUCAAUGUACACUUCAAUUUCAGGAGCAAAACGAUAAUCUUCUGACACAAUCGAGGAUUCCAUAUGAAGAUGUUGAUUUAAAAUUUAAAAGAACCAAUCCAUUAAUCGAUCAAAAACGUUUCAUACUCAAAUCGACAAUCGAUUCUAAACGAGGACCAAUUAGCAUGGAGAAAUUUUCGCUUUAUAUUGAUGUUUUAACUAAUCAUUGUUCGUUUAAAUUAACCAAUCUUUCAUCAUCAGUGGAACAGUUUCUGCUGGUUCAAUGUGAAAAUAUCAUUGGAUCUGAGCUUGGUUUCGAGAUUGAAAUUCGUGGUAAUCGAAUUGAAAUUCAUCAUUAUUCCAUAACUGCUAUGUUGGCUAAACAAAAUCCUUCUGAAAUUCUGGCCAAUAAAACUCACAAUUUUAUGCGCACAUUCGCUUUUCGUUCAAUUAUAUUGCAACAAUCCGUAGAACAACUUAAGAUUUUUCAUGCACAUUCCAAUACUGUUGCGUUCUGUCAUAUUAAAGACAACAAUUAUAAUUUGGCUACUAAAAAAUCAAAUAUAGAAAGUAUUAUGCAAAAGCUACUGCAAAAGAAACUAAACGUUGAAAAAGUAGUAAAGAAUCAAUCUUCAGCAGCAUCUACUGAUGAGGAAAAGGUCAAAACUGUUAAUGAAAUAGUAUUACCAAAAUUUGUCAUUCCAUCACCAUUGCUCAACUCAGUAACUACUGAUGACAGGCCUAUUGUAAGUGAUGACAUUACUCACAAGAUUGUGACAUUAACAUUCAAUAAUUCAGCACAAGUGGCUUUAUUUACUGAUAAGACAUUUCAAAACUGUCUUCAAACCUAUUUCAAUAAAAACUAUUGUGCUAAACUUGAUAUGGAGGAUUCAGCUGAUGUCAAUAGUCGAUCUUUGGUGAAAAUAAUCGGACGACAGAGCUCUAUCGACCCAACAUUAAGCGAGUUGCUGACUUUAUUUUCAUUAGGUCGAACAAAAACAUUCAAUGAAACAAUAGAUAAUGGCUGGGUAAAGAUUACCAAUGCAGUUCAUGUUAUUCAACAUCAUUUUAAUGUCUUGAACAUCAAAUGUGUUUGUCAGCAACAGGUAUCUCCACUCGCGAUACUAGUGCACUAUAUCGACAAAGAACAUAUUGAGUUUGGUGUUGAUGAACAAAUCAUUGAUGGAUUAUGUCGAAAAACAUUGGUUCUAGCCAAAUGUACAUCGGCUACAUUUGAAAAGGAAUGGGAGUCACUUAAAAUGAAAAUAUAUAUACGUGAUGAUUAUGGAAAAGAUAUUUGCCUGUUUGAUGAACAACAGACUAUUACCCUAUUCGGUUUACCUGAAGUAGUUAAAAAUGUUCAACAAUUAUUUGAAGAUAAGAAAACAAAAUAUGUUCCACCUAUUGUCAAAAACGAGCUGAACAAACCAGAGACAUCUGUACAACCGAGUCAACCUACCAUACAUCAAGAAGAUAAGCAAAUAAAAAAACAAAUAGUUCAAACAUUCUCAAUAGCAUUCGAUGUUGAUGAACCUGGUUUUGAAAUUCUUGCCAAUCGGGACUGCAAUCAAUUAUUAAAUAUUGUUGGGUCGAAAUGUCAGUUAGAGAAACAAAUUAUUUAUCAUAAAAUUCAAAUUCAAAUACCCAAAGUAAGGGCUGAUCAUUUUAACUAUAAUACAUUGCAAAGUCAAUCGCAAGAAAAUACUUCUGAAUCAACGAAUGAUGUUAAUAACCCUUCUGCGAACUCAAAUCUGAAUUGGUUUCAAAGAUUAUUUCAACGUAGCAAAUCAAAGACGCAAUCUUCAACACCUGUAAAACAGCAAAAUUCCACACCACAAGUACAAGCAACAUCAAGUGCAACUAAUAUAACUAGUAUUGCUAUUGGCAAUUCGAAGAUUAUUGUUUGUACAGGAGAUUUAACAAAGCAAGUGGUCGAUAUAAUCGUUGUUUGUUCAACAUCUGGAAUACUACGUGAUGCAAUUAUCUCUGCUGCUGGACAACAAGUAAAAACUGUCUAUAAUCAACAACCAUCCAACAGUAUAUUGGAGUUUGAAACAACAGGUGGUAAUUUACCUUGUAAAAAGAUUGUGUUUCGACCAUGGAUCUGUAAUAAAAAUCAAACGCAAAACUUAAAACCAUCCAUUAUUACAUUUGUUCAAUCAGUAAUUUCAUUUGCACUUCAUCAUAAGUUAACAACAAUUGCUUUUCCAAGCAUUGGCUGUGGACAAUUAGGUUUCGAUCCGAAAUUGAUUGCUGAAUAUAUGAUUGGCGAGACCUAUGAGCAAUUAAAAAAUACAGUUCAUUCUACAUUAAUUGUUUCUUUUGUUUUACUACCUGGACAAAAAAAUGUCUAUGAUGCAUUUACUGAUCGACUCAAUAAGAUACAAAUGAUUGAUGAUAAGCCAACUAGUAUUUCUUUCGAUAAACAAAUAGUGAGAAUUAAAUUGACUGGUUCAAACAAUAGUCAAUUGAUUGAAUAUCGAAAUACAAUAAAACAAUUAGCUCAAUCAUGUUCCCUUAAACUUCAUCUAACUGAUAAAACUGAUAUGACUGAUUGGUCGCAAGACACCAUUCAAAGAUAUUAUGAUUAUUGUUUACACAGACAAGUCAUACCGAAACUCGAUCUUCAAAAUUCAACUUUGGAUUUGAUAGGUCCUAAAGAUGCGGUAACCGAUGCUGAAAAGUAUUUUUUUCAAUUAACUGCUGAAAUACUAAGAAAUGCGCGUAUUCAAGUUUUAACACGUGGAUGUAUAUGGUCAGUUGAAAUAUCAUCUGGUCAAUGGGAACAAUAUCCAUUUAGAAUCAAUGAACUAAUUGAAAAUGCUCAAUUGAAAAAACUUCCAUAUAUUGAAUUUGAAAACGAAAAAUCAGAAAAAUGUCGAAUAAUUUUCUCAUCCAUGGAAGAAGAAUGUCAAAAACGAAAACGAAAAGUCUGUCGUAAACGUAUAGAUUCAACAUUACCUCAAUAUUGGGACUUAUCCGGUGAUUAUUUUAAACGAGUAGUUCUUUUAGACUCUUCUAACGAGUACAAAGAUGUUUUAAAUCGAUUUGAUUCUACAAUGAAAGGUAACUAUUCGAAAAUCAUGAAAAUUGAACGGAUUCAAAAUGAACGUUGGUACAAACAGUAUGCUGCUCAUCGUGAUGAGUUUACGCAACGCUAUACACAACCUGAUGAACGACUACUUUUUCAUGGUUGCAGCAGUGAAUCAGCUGAUAAAAUUGUACAAGAAUGCUUUAAUAGAGCAUUUGCUGGUGCUAAUGGAGUUAUGUAUGGUCAAGGAGUUUAUUUUCAUGAACAUUCAAAAUAUAGUCAUAGUUAUGCUAAAGCAAGCACAUCAAACGAACGAACUAUGUUCUUAGCUCGUGUUUUGAUUGGAAAAACAUGUCUUGGCAAUUCAUCGAUGAAAGUUCCACCUAAAAGUUUCGAUACAACUACAGAUGGUGGAUACAUUUUUGUGAUUUAUCAUGAUGCUGGAGCCUAUGGUGAAUAUCUUAUAACGUACAGAUGA